UAGUCCACAUCGCCUGCCUCACUGAUCAUGAAUGGGAUGGCCAAUGUGAACUCCACCAGCCGCCCCCACUAUGCCUCCUCCAUCCCUGUGCCUCGAGCCGCCUCCCAGACCAGGAUUCAUACUCCUGGUGCCUCUCCCCAGCUGCGGCCACGCCAGGCUGGCCUGGCGCCGAGCCCCCAGCGGGCGGCUUCUCCAAGACUGAGCAAAGACACGGGCCCUCUCAGAAGCUCCUCUCCUAGGGCCUCACGGGGGAGAGGGUCCCCCACAGCCUCCAGGGCGGUGAGGGAGUCUGCUGAGCGGAGCGAAGGCCUCUCCAGUUCCCCAUGGAGCAGUCCCAGAGCAACCCCCAAAGCUGCCCUCUCCAGCAGGGCAGGGUCCAGAAGAGUUGGAGAGCCACAGAGCACGCAGGGCAAGAAGAAGGUGGCCCAGGAAGGGAUCCCCAUCCUCCAGACCCGGGGCAGGAGCCCGUCUCGGAUGAGCUCGCGCGGGGAAGCUCAAAUACCUGAAGGUCGGAAGCCUCCCAACUGUCCAGGGAAAGACCAAAGAGAUGUCAACUCUAGAAGCUCAGGGGUCCCCAGAUCUUUGGAGCCUGGUGACGGGGUAACUUCAGGGGCUUCCUCUCCCAUCUGCAGCCCAAGGCUGAGCAAGCCCUCCUCCCCCGCCUCCGGAACCAUCAGCUUCUCCUCAGCCCACACGCAGAGUCAGCCAGUCACCGCCACGGUGGCCCCCUUCCAGUACAGGCUGCAGGCCAACCAGGAACCUGACCCCCUCCCCCAAGGCAGCUGGGCCUCUGAUGGCUGCUGUGGCCCUCCCGGCAGAACCCCGGAGAGCUUCUGUGUGGUGCCUGCAGACGCGCGGAUCGUCCAUGCGCUCCUCGCGGGCAGAAUGCUGGGGAGCAGCGUCAAGAGCGUGCAGCCCGAGGUGGAACUGAGCGGCUGCGGCGGCGGCGACGAGGGCGCGGACGAGCCUCGCGGCGCGGGUAGGAAGGCGGCGGCGGCGGCGGACGGCAGAGGCAUGCUGCCCAAGCGCGCCAAGGCGCCCGGAGGUGGCGGCGGCGGCGUGGCCAAGGCCAGCGCGGCUGAGCUGAAGGUCUUCAAGUCCGGCAGCGUGGACAGCCGAGUCCCCGCCGGGCCGCCCGCCUCUAACCUGCGCAAGCAGAAGUCUCUCACCAACCUCUCGUUCCUCACGGACUCCGAGAAAAAGAUGCAGCUGUAUGAGCCGGAAUGGAGCGAUGAUAUGGCCAAGGCGCCCAAGGGCUUGUGCAAGGCGGGGUCCAAAGGCCGCGAGGCUCCGCUGAUGUCUAAGACGCUGUCCAAAUCCGAGCACUCGCUCUUCCAGGCCAAGGGCAGCCCGGCGGGCGGCGCCAAGACCCCUCUGGCUCCGCUUGCUCCCAGCCUGGGAAAGCCGAGCCGGAUCCCGCGCGGCCCGUACGCCGAGGUCAAGCCGCUCAGCAAGGCUCCCGAGGCGGCCGUGAGCGACGACGGCAAGUCGGACGACGAGCUGCUCUCCAGCAAGGCCAAGGCGCAAAAGGGCUCCGGGUCUGUGCCCGCCGCCAAGGGCCAGGAGGAGCGUGCCUUCCUCAAGGUGGACCCGGAACUCGUGGUGACCGUGCUGGGAGAUCUGGAGCAGCUGCUCUUCAGCCAAAUGCUGGACCCGGAGUCCCAGAGAAAGAGGACAGUGCAGAAUGUUCUGGAUCUUCGACAGAACCUGGAAGAGACCAUGUCCAGCCUUCGAGGAUCACAGGUGACUCACAGCUCCCUGGAGAUGACCUGCUAUGACAGCGACGACGCCAACCCGCGCAGCGUCUCCAGCCUCUCCAACCGCUCCUCCCCGCUCUCCUGGCGCUACGGCCAGUCCAGCCCGCGGCUGCAGGCGGGGGACGCACCCUCGGUGGGGGGCAGCUGCCGCUCCGAGGGGCCGCCCGCAUGGUACAUGCAUGGGGAGCGUGCGCACUACUCCCACACCAUGCCCAUGCGCAGCCCCAGCAAGCUCAGUCACAUCUCCCGUCUGGAGCUGGUCGAGUCCCUGGACUCGGACGAGGUGGACCUCAAGUCCGGCUACAUGAGCGACAGUGACCUCAUGGGCAAGACCAUGACCGAGGACGACGACAUCACUACAGGCUGGGAUGAAAGCAGCUCCAUCAGCAGUGGCCUCAGCGAUGCCUCAGACAACCUCAGCUCGGAAGAGUUCAACGCCAGCUCCUCACUCAACUCCCUUCCAACCACACCCACUGCUUCUCGAAGGAACUCUACCGUAGUGCUCCGCACAGACUCAGAGAAGCGCUCCCUGGCAGAAAGUGGGCUGAGCUGGUUUAGCGAAUCAGAGGAGAAGGCCCCCAAAAAACUGGAGUACGACAGCGGAAGCCUGAAGAUGGAACCUGGGACUUCUAAGUGGCGGAGAGAGCGGCCCGAGAGCUGUGAUGACUCAUCCAAGAUCGGAGAGCUGAAAAAGCCUGUCAGCCUGGGGCACCCCAGCUCACUGAAGAAGGGCAAGACUCCGCCCGUGGCCGUCACAUCUCCCAUCACUCACACGGCGCAGAGUGCUCUCAAGGUGGCAGGGAAGCCUGAAGGCAAAGCCACGGACAAGGGGAAGCUCGCAGUGAAGAAUGUCGCUCUCCAGCGCUGCUCUUCGGAUGCCGGCCGGGAUCGGCUGAGUGACGCCAAGAAGCCUCCCUCCGGCAUCGCUCGUCCGUCCACUUCAGGCUCUUUCGGCUACAAGAAGCCUCCUCCUGCCACAGGCACGGCCACGGUCAUGCAGACCGGUGGUUCGGCCACUCUCAGCAAGAUCCAGAAGUCCUCAGGCAUCCCCGUCAAGCCCGUGAACGGACGCAAAACCAGCUUAGAUGUGUCCAACAGCGCAGAGCCCGGCUUCCUCGCCCCCGGAGCCCGUUCGAACAUUCAGUACCGCAGCCUGCCCCGGCCAGCCAAGUCCAGUUCCAUGAGUGUGACCGGCGGGCGGGGCGGACCUCGCCCUGUCAGCAGUAGCAUUGACCCCAGCCUCCUCAGCACCAAGCCGGGCAGCCUUACACCCUCCAGACUGAAGGAGCCUUCCAAGGUGGCCAGUGGGAGGACCACUCCAGCCCCUGUCAAUCAGACCGAUCGGGAAAAGGAGAAGGCCAAGGCUAAGGCAGUGGCCUUGGACUCAGACAACAUCUCCCUGAAGAGUGUCGGCUCCCCCGAGAGUACUCCCAAGAACCAGCCCAGCCACCCUCCGGCCACCAAGUUGGCAGAGCUACCGCCAACCCCUCUCAGGGCCACCUCUAAGAGCUUCGUCAAGCCACCCUCGCUGGCGAAUCUGGACAAAGUCAACUCCAACAGUCUGGAUCUGCCGGCGCCCAGUGACACCCACACCGCCAAGGUCCCAGAUCUGCAUGCUCCCAGCUCAGCUGCUGGGGGCCCGCUUCCCUCCUGCUUCACCCCCAGUCCAGCACCCAUCCUCAAUAUUAACUCAGCCAGCUUCUCCCAGGGUCUGGAGCUAAUGAGUGGCUUCAGCGUCCCCAAGGAGACCCGCAUGUACCCCAAACUCUCAGGCCUGCACAGGAGCAUGGAGUCUCUGCAGAUGCCCAUGAGCCUGCCCAGUGCCUUCCCCAGCAGCACCCCUAUCCCCACCCCUCCUGCGCCCUCUGCUGCACCCCCAGAGGAAGAAACAGAAGAAUUGACCUGGAGCGGAAGCCCCAGAACAGGGCAGUUGGACAGUAAUCAACGGGACCGGAACACCCUUCCCAAGAAAGGACUCAGGUACCAGCUUCAGUCCCAGGAAGAGCCCAAGGAGAGGCGGCACUCCCACACCAUCGGGGGGCUACCUGAAUCCGAUGACCAGGCUGAGCUGCCGUCCCCCCCUGCACUCUCCAUGUCCUUGAGCGCAAAGGGCCAGCUUACCAAUAUAGUGAGUCCCACGGCGGCCACCACGCCAAGAAUCACCCGCUCCAACAGCAUCCCCACCCACGAGGCGGCCUUCGAGCUGUACAGCGGCUCCCAAAUGGGGAGCACCCUGUCCCUGGCCGAGAGACCCAAGGGAAUGAUUCGGUCAGGAUCCUUCCGAGACCCCACGGACGAUGUUCACGGCUCGGUGCUGUCCUUGGCCUCCAGCGCCUCCUCCACGUACUCAUCAGCAGAGGAGAGGAUGCAGUCUGAGCAAAUCCGGAAGCUGCGCCGGGAACUGGAGUCAUCCCAGGAAAAAGUGGCCACACUCACAUCUCAACUUUCUGCCAAUGCCAACCUGGUGGCGGCUUUUGAGCAGAGCCUGGUAAACAUGACAUCCCGCCUACGACACCUCGCCGAAACAGCAGAGGAGAAGGACACUGAGCUGCUUGAUUUACGAGAAACUAUCGACUUUCUGAAGAAAAAGAACUCUGAGGCACAGGCUGUCAUUCAGGGAGCCCUUAAUGCCUCAGAAACCACACCCAAAGAACUCCGGAUCAAGAGACAAAACUCCUCAGACAGCAUCUCGAGCCUCAACAGCAUCACCAGCCAUUCCAGCGUUGGCAGUGGCAAGGAUGCUGAUGCAAAAAAGAAGAAAAAGAAGAGCUGGGUCUAUGAGCUUCGAAGUUCCUUCAACAAAGCCUUCAGUAUAAAAAAGGGACCCAAGUCAGCAUCCUCAUACUCCGAUAUUGAGGAAAUUGCCACUCCCGACUCCUCAGCCCCCUCCUCCCCUAAACUUCAGCAUGGCUCCACAGAGACCGCCUCACCCUCCAUCAAGUCCUCCAACUCGUCUUCUGUGACCACUGACGUCACCGAGGCCCCUGCUCACUCGGUUCCCCACACGAGGCUGUUCCAUGCCAACGAGGAGGAGGAGCCAGAGAAGAAGGAGGUAUCGGAGCUGCGCUCGGAGUUGUGGGAGAAAGAGAUGAAGCUGACAGACAUCCGCUUAGAAGCCCUCAACUCUGCACAUCAGCUUGACCAGCUUCGGGAGACCAUGCACAACAUGCAGUUGGAGGUGGACCUGCUGAAGGCGGAGAACGACCGGCUGAAGGUGGCCCCGGGCCCCUCCUCGGGCUCCACCCCAGGGCAGGCCCCUGGGCCCUCAGCCUUAUCAUCCCCUCGCCGCACACUGGGCCUGGCGCUCACCCAUUCCUUCACGCCAAGUCUUGCAGACACAGACCUGUCGCCCAUGGAUGGCAUCAGCACCUGUGGGCCAAAGGAGGAAGUGACGCUCCGGGUGGUGGUGCGGAUGCCCCCACAGCGCAUCAUCAAAGGGGACCUGAAGCAGCAGGAGUUCUUCCUGGGAUGCAGCAAGGUCAGUGGGAAAGUUGACUGGAAGAUGCUGGACGAGGCUGUGUUCCAGGUGUUCGAGGACUAUAUUUCAAAGAUGGACCCCGCCUCUACCCUGGGGCUGAGCACUGAGUCCAUCCACGGCUACAGCCUCAGCCACGUGAAACGGGUAUUGGAGGCCGAACCCCCAGAGAUGCCCCCCUGCCGCCGAGGUGUCAACAACAUAUCAGUCUCCCUCAAAGGUCUGAAGGAGAAAUGCGUCGACAGCCUGGUGUUUGAGACGCUGAUCCCCAAGCCGAUGAUGCAGCACUACAUAAGCCUCCUGCUCAAGCACCGGCGCCUCGUCCUCUCAGGCCCCAGCGGCACCGGCAAGACCUACCUGACCAACCGGCUGGCCGAGUACCUGGUGGAGCGCUCAGGCCGCGAGGUCACAGAGGGCAUCGUCAGCACCUUCAACAUGCACCAGCAGUCCUGCAAGGAUCUGCAGCUAUAUCUCUCCAACCUGGCCAACCAGAUAGACCGGGAAACUGGGAUUGGAGACGUCCCCUUGGUGAUCCUAUUGGACGACCUGAGUGAAGCAGGCUCCAUCAGCGAACUGGUUAACGGGGCCCUCACCUGCAAGUAUCACAAAUGUCCCUAUAUUAUAGGUACCACCAACCAGCCUGUAAAAAUGACACCCAAUCACGGCUUACACUUGAGCUUCAGGAUGCUGACCUUCUCCAACAACGUGGAGCCAGCAAACGGCUUCCUGGUUCGUUAUCUGCGGAGGAAGCUGGUAGAAUCAGACAGUGACAUCAACGCCAACAAGGAGGAGUUGCUGCGAGUGCUCGACUGGGUGCCCAAGCUGUGGUAUCACCUCCACACCUUCCUUGAGAAGCACAGCACCUCAGACUUCCUCAUCGGCCCCUGCUUCUUCCUGUCCUGUCCCAUUGGCAUUGAGGACUUCCGGACCUGGUUCAUUGACCUGUGGAACAACUCCAUCAUUCCCUACCUGCAAGAAGGAGCCAAGGAUGGGAUCAAGGUGCACGGACAGAAAGCCGCAUGGGAGGACCCAGUGGAGUGGGUCCGAGACACUCUUCCCUGGCCCUCAGCCCAACAGGACCAGUCCAAGCUCUACCACCUGCCUCCACCUACCGUGGGCCCCCACAGCAUUGCCUCGCCCCCCGAGGACAGGACAGUCAAGGACAGCACCCCAAGCUCUCUGGACUCAGACCCUCUGAUGGCUAUGCUGCUGAAACUUCAAGAAGCUGCCAAUUACAUCGAGUCUCCAGAUCGAGAAACCAUCCUGGACCCCAACCUCCAGGCCACGCUCUGAAGGUCCAGCAGUUACUGUGACCCUGGACAGCAGAAUGCUGGCACCAGCCACAUUAGCCCCCCUCCCCUCUCUUGGCUCUCCAGAGACCGAGCAGGAGGGAGGAGGCGGUGAGGGCAAGGGGCAGGUUCUCGGUGCUGCACCUUUCAGAAGGAUUGGUGGGUGGAGCUUGGGAACUUGUGUCCCCUAUAUUUACUGGUCUCCUCACAUGACUUUGGGGAAAACAUGAUUCUGGGUCUCUUCUCUUAAUUUCUUGUCUCAAUGAAAAACUCCUGGGCUUUCUCGAGAGAGGUUCAGAAGACAGCAACAACAAAAACACCAAACCUGCAGUCAUUCCUAACUGAUUUUCAAGAACAGCUCCGAGAAAGACAGACCGGUGUGGGGAGGCCCCCCAAUUUUUUCAGCCCCUCCCCAGGUCCAUCGCCACUGCCAACAACUCUUCUCCCAGAGAGCUGGCUGGAGCCCAGAAAAAGAAGCAUGUGGUUUAAAAAGAUGUUUAAAUCAAUCUGUAAACAGUUUUUUAAAAAAUGGAAAAGAUGAAUCUGGAGCGAGGGAACCAGUUGCCAAGGUAAAGAGAGCACUGCCCGCUGCUGCCCUCGGGUGACGGAGGGACGAUGACUAGAGAGCUGCCGGGGGAAGAAGUCGCCAGACCACAGAACAACAUUAGGCCUUCAGAGAAAGCCCGCCAGCUGUCUUCCACCUGCUAAUUUAACAUGCAUGAGAGUCAAUAAACCCUGCGUUUUAUAUUUUUAUUUUUGUUUUGUUUCUAUUUUUCCUCCUCCCAUUUACCUAUUUAUUUUCCUUUUCUUUCUUGGUUUUGUUUACUUUUCCCAUCUCCUCACAUACCUAUGAGAUGCUUAAGCUGCUUUUCCAAUGUGGGCUUGUUGAGCUUUUCCAAGUGGAUUUUCCUUGGGAGAAUCUGAUGUCAUGUCAUUGGUACCAGCCAGACACCUGCCACACCACUCUCUCUGGCAUCCUUGGGGCUCUCUGCGGCACAAAGCACUAGAAAGAAGAGCGUGAUGUCCCUUUUGAGAAAGCCCAUGUCCCUUCUGGGAGCUUGCCUGCCCACCCCUGGAAUGCCAGUACAUCACCCAUCCUGACAGAAGCUCUACUCUGACCUUCAUGGACUACAGGAAGCAGAAGACAAAAGAGCUCUCCCCCCAUUGGCCACUCUGGCCCCUCACUGCUCUGUUCUGAUGGCAGUCACUUUGUCUGACUGAACCCAGAAUUCCUAACUGGCCUUUAUUUAUGUCUUUGACAAGUGAGUAUUCACUUACAAGACUGGACAUCCACACGCGAUACUCCCAUUCAGAAUAUAAGGUGCAAGGAAUUUGACGGGGUGGCCAAAAUCUGCCUCCCAAAGGAACCCCACUUUGACAAGCAUUGCCUGGUGAUCUGACACUUCGUAUUCCUUUACUCGAUAAACAUCUAUUGUUUACUGAGUACCAGCCACUAGGUUAAAAAAAAAAAAGGACAAGCAAGGUCCCUUUAAGUUCAGCGAAUAGGAAAUGUUAACUUCCACUAAGUAUACAUUCCUGUUUCCUAACCCUUCUGAGUCACUAAGAAAUUAGCCAAAAGUCAAAGUGCCAGCUAUAAGGAAGCCCGUGACUAGAGGCCUAAUACCCUGGGGACAGAAGCUCUGGAGUCAGUUAAGAUGGAAUCCUAAAAGACUGAAAUCGCUUGUGUCACAUGAGCACGUUUGCUUCCUCCAUUUCUGAAAGCUAAGCGUGGUGAAGUAUCUGGGCUCUGCAGAACAGGGAUAGGCGAUGAACUUGGGCCCGAGAGUUUGCACUUCGGAUUCCUAAGUAGCACAAGACCCUACACCAUACCAACCCACACAACUGUCCUUCCCCAACAAAGGAGAAGAUGUACCCGAAUCUUCUACCAGAAUACUAUCAUGUGGGUUCCAGAGACGAUCUGGACUGCUCCCGAGAAGAGUUUCUGCAUUCACCUGGUAGCUCCCAGGGACGGCGGGGUCCUCUGUGGUGGAGAUAAUUUUUGCUAUUGCUGCUAAUUCCAUGAGCUGUGAAGAUCCCCAACCAACUCAGCUGUAAAAUAUGCAAUCUGUGGUGGGAAGAGGCUGUUCGUCCAAGGAUGGUGCUGAAAUCACUGCCUUAAGGUCUCUGCUGUGCAGAAUGAGGAGGCCACAGAGCGGAGUGUUCCAGCUUGGAAGGGUGGGAAGACCAGAUGGGCCUUCUUUGGACCGAGGCCUUUUCUGAACCCUGUCCUUAGCUCCAGUCCCGUGGCAGGCUUAGACUUGGCAUGCCAUCUGAACCAGGUGGUCAAGCCCUUACUCUCUGCUCUCCGGUGCUGCCCAGCCAGUGCCUUCUGUCAUGGAUGUUACUGGCUACUUGAGAAAAAGGAAAGGGGAGACCCCCUUCCUCCAUUCCAACUGCCUCAAACCCCCCCUCCCCAAAGGGAUUCCUGACUCUCUGGUAACCAUGGAUACCACCAUGAAUUUCAUUUGGAUCCUCAGCAGGUUGAUUCUGGAAGCCUCUCGUGUCGAGACUUUGCACCUCCAGUCCUGGGGUCCACCACCCUCUACUUUAUCUUGACUGCUGCAUUUAGUCCAGGUCUCCAGUUGUUUUGCCCCAGAAAGUGUGUUUCCAUCUGAUGAGGUAAUAUUGCAGCCUCAGCUUCCCCACUGGAGCCUGGGACCCUGUUUACAGUUGCUCAUCUGGACCCCUCAGCAUGGGGAUCAGUCAUCUCACCAAGGCAUCCUGGUAUGUGGCAACUGCAGUAGGUUGAGCCUCCUCAUGGUGCUAUAACCCCUUGGGAUGCUCUUCCAGACUUUUCUGAAGCAGAAAACCUGAGCUCCCCUGACUGCCCUAGAAUUAAUGGCAAGAGCAAAUCUACAGCCUUCUCUACUAUCUACGCACCUGCUUCUUGGUUGAGACUAUUUGGAUCCCUCAAAAAGGAAAAACUGCGUCCCUCAGCUAACUCUCAACCUUCAGUACCCUCACAAGAGUCCAGCCCAUCUGAGACUGGGAUUUCAUGCUCUCCCCUUCCUCUCCAGCCCCCAGCCCCAUUCCUCUCCAGAGCUGGCUAGCAGCCCACUGAACCAUGUUCAGUACCCAACAUCAGCCUGCGGGGAGCAUCACAGUUCCAGAAAGGCUCCUCACCAGAGCCCCUCUCGUUUCUGGAUGAAGAAGACCGACAUGUUUUAUCCAGCAUAUCUGUUUCUCAAUCCCUGCCUAGGCACUAAAAAUAAAAUACUAGGUAAUUGGAGGCUAAUGUGGGACUUGAUGUCUCUGUGUGUCUCUUUCUCGCUCUCACAGGCAGCUUGCUAUUGUAGUUUCCUGUCUUCCGGAGCUUCAGAGAGUAGCUUUCAAAACCUAUGUUUUGUCACUGCUCUCGGUGCUUAUCUCUGUUUUUGUGUAAAUCCUUUCACCAACAUCUUUUUCAUGUAGUCUAACCACUGGGCAGCUAGAGGCUGCUGAGGAAGAAUUUGCUAGAAGUCCACAGAGACCCUACAGUGAAGUCCCUACUGGUUGGUAUGCUAAAUUUUGGUCUUGAAUUGCACAUCCGGGAACUAAUCUUCCAUACUCCUGAAGGACCUAAGACAAAAUAAUGAUUUUGUUGGUUUGUUUCAUUACUUGCCUGCUGCUUCUCACAGACCCCUCAUGUCAUCACCUGAGCCAGCACCCACAUACAGACACCCUGCAGAGAGAUGACAUUUGCCUGGCAGAGUAGAACUUAAGUCCUACAAAGCAGAAUCGAAGAGAGACCCAUAUGGCAGAUGUCUGGGGGGAGUUGUUCUUGUCCGAAUCACAUAUUUAACACAGGGUUCAUGUGCUAACGUACUCAGGAUCACCAGAAUGGGAUGAGAUGUGUUUGGCAGAGGGUAGGCUAGUGGAGAUGGCUUUACUAUGGAAUGUGGUACCUUCUUAUGGUGACCAGUAGUUCUGAGUUCUGGUUCACGGCCCCACUGAACAGGCCACAGUAAUAAAACAGACUUAAGGACACUGCGUUCCCCAAAGCCUGAAGCUAAUUACGUUUCCUAACUGAUCAGCUUUAUAUAUCAUGAGUCCUAAAUCAACCUGAUAAGGGAUACAAAGGUCCAUGGACCUGGAGAAGAUGGAAAAACACCAGAGGAAAAUUGGAAGCUGCAAGGAGACCAUUAUAGUUGAAAAUGAAACAUAUGUCUACCAGGUCCUCCCAGUUUAAUUUUUGGCCAUGAUCCCUAAUGAUUAUGCCAUGAAGAAUUUUCUAUGACAAUAGUCACAGCAGUAAGUGAACCUUCCUUCCUGUUGCCUUUCUUGCAGCAGGGGUUGUGACACAAGGUUCUAGACCAGAAGCAUCACUGGCAUUUGGAAACAUUAAAAGUGAAAUUCGAGGUCCCAUCCCAGACUUACUAAAUCAGAAACUGUAAUGAUAAAGCCCAGCAAUCUGUUUUAGCAGAGCCUCUUGGUAAUUCUGAUGCCUGCUAGCUUGACAUUCACUAUUCCAAGGGGAAAGACAAGGUUACAGGUCUUCCACACUGAGGGCUUUAGGACCAAUAAUAACAAGGCCCUGGGUUGUGAUUUAGACCUGAACAUUUAAUGUCUGUCACUUUUUUCUGCUUCCUCGUGUUUCUGCUUUUCCUGACUUUUAUUUAACACAGAAGAUAUGUGUGUGUUUGGGUGGAAGUUAGGGGAGUGACUGCAUCCCCUCUCAUUGGAAACAACCUUCCGAGCAUCUGUAGCUCUGAAAUUUCUAUCUGCAAACAAAGGGGCUUCAAUAGAGAAAAGCAGCUGGAGGUCUCUUCCAGAAUGCUCUUCUGCUGGAUUAUUUGUGUCUACGCUCAGCCUUUGUCUGAUUAUGUGAUAGGAUGGGCAAAGUUAAAAAAUUCUGAUUUGUGUUUCCAUGACAACUUACUCUCCCUGCAACAUCCCUCCCCCUUAAUUGAGUUUAAAGGGCACUGUCAGGUCUGAGACCCUAAGGAGAACCUCCCUCCCCUCAGGCAGCCAGUGGCCAUUGGGCUCUUGGCCCCCAGGAAUACCCCCUUUUGCAUUGUAUGCUCACAGCAGACUUCAGUCUGAUGAGACUGAGUCCUUGGGCUCAUCCCUUUUUUCCCCCACAUCAGGACCUGGAUACAGAACUACUCAGCCACGGUGACAGUAAGAUCUGAUUUUAAACAUCUGAGCAGCAUCGUGUCUUUCCAGACUCUCAGAUUCUAGCACAAGGGGGCCAAGGGGGAAAAGGGGCUGUUCACAACUGGUUUUGUUCAAAUUUUCCCUGCGAAGGAGUUGUGGGGAGAGGACAAAUACUUAAUAUUGGCUCCCUCAGCUCUGGAAUGGAAACCUUUGGAGGAAAGACAGAAACCGGCGGGUAAUGGAUGUAAAAGGACUGCACUGAAGUCAGGCCUUCAGUUCCCAGAAGGCUGACAAAGGGGCCUUUGGGCAUCUCCUGUGAGCUGUCCUGCCUCUUGCUGCUUCUCUGAGAUGUCGACUAGUAAGACAAGCAUUUUGAAUUCCCAGCCAGUCUUGGGCUAUUGCUGUGCAGUAGCUACCCACUUCCUGAUUUUUUAUUAUUUUCUUUUUAACAGAAUACUCUUUUUACAUGAAUUCCAACUCCUGCUAGGUUCCUUUCCUUCCUGCUCCUCCCCUCCCCAUUCUGGUUUAGGCAACACUGUUUGUGAUGGAGUCUGUUUCUCAAACGCAUGCAAGCCUCAGGCAAGAGGUAGGCAGGACUUUUUUUAAUUUAUUGGGCACAAGACCCCAAACCAGGAUAUGUGUGUGUCUGUGUGUUUCUGUUUUUUCUCAUUUGAUGCACCCUUCUUUCAAUCUGCCCCUUUUAUAGCUAAUAUAGAGAAAGCAAAACUGAACCUGGAAAGCAGAACAUUGUAUAUAGUUGCGGUAACAAUCACAAAGAGAGCUGGACAGUCCCCUAAAUAAUGCAUUUUAAAUUAAAAAAAAUGGUUGAAAAUUAAAUCGCACCAGGGCCAGUGGAGGUGGCCUGCCUUCAUCGCCCCUCAUCUGGACCCUCUGUCCAUCAGGCAUGUCUCCUCCCAGCAAGAUUCAUCUGUUCAAUGCCCAUUUUGCGUUUCAAUAAAGUUAUUUCCUGC